UACAAAGCAACGUAGCCCAAAUAUAUUACUAAGCAUUAUUUUCUGUGAUAUCUACCGUAUUUUUGCAACACCUAUAUGACAGCUGACACCGCUCCUGCACUUCCGGACGAGGUCUUAGCUGCAUUUUGCCCUGUAUUGUUUCUUCAUCAUGAUGAUGCUUAUCUUCCGGUGCCAGUGGAGUGGUUCAUAGAGCGAGCGCAGCUCAACUACUACCCGCAAGGCAUAACAGGCACAGCGGAGCUUUUAGAGCUUGACCAGGUUCCUGGUGGCGUCAUCACACUAAUAGCUGCCGGGAGCGUCUCCCAGGAGAACUUGCUAGACAUCCAGUCGAAAACUGCCCUUCCUGGCAAUCUCAGCCUCACAGUUGCACCGGAGCACUAUGGCGGGUGCCCCGCGGAGAGCCUUAGCGAUGUGCCCAUCUACGUGCACACAAAGCUGGUGGUUGACGAGUACGGCGCCCCGGAGGCGUACGAGCUCAACUACGCCACCUUCUACGCCUUCAACGGCCACUACGACCUGCCGGGGGGGCUGCCGCUGUUCCGAGCAGGACACCAUGUGGGAGACUGGGAGCACCUGACGGUGCGGCUGCAUGCGGCCUCACUGCAGCUGCAGGGUGUGUGGUACAACGCGCACCGCAACAUAGAGGGCGAGUGGGUGCCCGCCGCCCAGGUGCCCCGCACCCCCUGCGGCCGCAUCGUGGGACAUGUGGCCAUAAACGGACAUGGCAUCUACCCGCAUUGCGGCACCAUCCCGCGCCUGUUCCUGGUGGCCAACGACCGCACCUCGCGGAGGGGACCCGUGUGGAGCCCGCGCAGGCUGCUGCGCCUGGCCGGACUGACCCAUGGGUCAUCCUGUCCCCUCGUGCUCUCCCGCGGCUGCAGCCUGCCGCACCUGGCGCCCCACCCCGGGCCCACCUCCACCUCCCAGCCGGGGGGGAGUCCCACCGGGGGGUCGCCGCGGUCCCAGGCACCCGCGGGCCAAGGUGCCACUUUUGCCGACCACCCUGACGAGCUUGCCAGCAGCGACGGUGUCCAUCGGCUGCUGCCUCCACCCCCGACCCACGGCAGCAGCAGCAACAAGAGCAGCUCCGUGGUACCUCCCAGGAAUGCAACUGCGGCAGCGGCAGCAAGGGCAGCCAGUGAGGCAGCAGCGCAGGCGGCCGGUGCGGCGAGGGCGGCUGCGGGCGCGGCGUCACGGCUGGGGAGGUGCAUGGCGGCCGCUGCCGCCAAGGGAGGCGUGCUGACGUGGCGGAGGAGGGCAGCGGCGGAGGUCAGGUCUGCACCUGAGACAGAGGGGAGCGGGAUGGGGGCAGCGGCGACGGUAGCAGCGGAUGCGGGUUCAUCUGUGGUGGUAACAACGGUAGCGGGUGCGCAGCAUCCUCUGGCAGCAGCAGCAGGAGGGGCAGCAGGAGGGGCUGCUGGCUCCUGCUACCCGCUACCCCAGGUGGUGCACGACACCUCCCUCUGGCAGAGAUACCAAGGGCGCUGGGGCAGCAUCCCCACCCUCACCCAGCAGUGCUGGUUCACGGGCCCCGAGCCGCCCGUCAGCCGCGGACUGCUGCGCCGCCUCUGCAUGCCCUGGGCGCCGGGGGUGGAGCGCCUGACUCGACAGCAGCAACCUCCCAAGCAGCAGCAGACGCAGCGGCAGCGGCAGCAGUUGCUGCAGCCGGACAAGAAGAAUGGGGGUAGCAAGGGGGGUCCACUGGGUGGUGCAGCUGCCGCAGCAGCGACCCAGGUGGAGGUGACGGCGGCGGCGGCUGCGACGGAGGCACCGGUGGUGGCAGCGGCGGCAGCGGUGGCUGAUGUGGUG